AAACUGUUGGAAGUGGCUGUGGUUUCAUUUCCCACAUUCAAAUGCUUUCUUUGCGAAGCCUCUCAUUUCUCAAUAAGCCACCAGUAUCGCCGCCACCAACAUCUUUCUCCAGUAAAACUAAUGCACUCACAAUAUCUCAAUCGCUAGUACAUACUGAUGAUGCUUCUAGGAAAACAAGAGCAAAAAAACCAUCUUCUUUUCUAUCUUGUGUUGUUCAUGCAACGGAGAAGGAUUCACAUAAGUUUGAUGUAGACCCAGAUAAGGCCAGAGAAGCCCUUCAAGAGCUUGACCAGCAGCUCCAAUCCCUCGCCCAGAAACAAAUCAGCACUCCAAAGAAAAGGGCUUCAGAUGUAGAUCUUACGAAAGAUCGAAUGACUGAAGAAGAAUUUUCGGAGUCCUUUCUAAAAUAUUCAGUAGUUGCUCUGGUACUCUUCAGCAUUUUCUACAAUAUACUUUUUGAAACUGUAAUAAAACCAGCCAUAGAUGUUCCACUACCAGUUCCAGCUACUACUGCAGUAACAGAAGCUUCCCAAGACCAAACAAGUAACUAAAAACAUCAUUGGCGGUAGCUAGUCUUGCAUCAGCUUCCACUUGAAUUCAGUACCAGAGGUUUCCAUUCAGCCAUGCAGUUUUGAUUUCCAGGAAGCAACUCUCAGAAGCAAGCUUUUGUUGAUUUGCUGGAGGUACUUAAACUUCAGCAAGAGUUAGGCUCCGUUUGGAGUGCGCUUUUUGUUUUUUGUUUGAAAAAUUGUUCUGAUGUGACAUUAAAGAUAAUAGUAAUUUUUGCAUAUUUUAUGUUUUAGGUUGUUUAUUAAUAUUUUUAUUUUGAAAAUAGAAAGCAACAAACAAUGAUUAAGCGAUUGUAAGAAUUAUGGUGUAUAUAAAAUUUUAAACUCAUAUGAGCUUUAAUUAAGGAUC